UAGUUAUCUGCAUUAUACAAUAUGACUACUGCGAUGGUGAUAUUGCUGAUGUUUGGCUGGGGAGCUGCUGCCACUAAGCCGAUUCAUCCAAAUGUGCAGUUCCUUGGAACCGGUUACAACAUUUUAGAGGGUAACCCUGGAGGACAGGACUUGAACGAAGGAGGUCUCGACCCAGGCUUGAAGGUGACUCGACAAGUCUUCAGCCUUUCCUAUGACGAAGAAAAGCUCACAGAUGACAACGCAUACUCUGUCCCAGACGAAAUCAUCUAUACCAAACGGGAUGGUUCGUCCGAAGGCUGCACUGUGUCUUCCGUCUAUGGAAGCAGGAGUUACCAGGAGGAGUUGAAAAUUCAGAUUGAAGUUGAAGGUGGGUUUGAAAAAGGCCUCGCAGGUUUUGAAUUCGGAGCAAGUGCGGCAUACAGGACCAUAUCUGACAAGUUGGAGGUAGAGGAAAAACUCUUCGCUACGUACAGGACUCUUGAAAUAUUUGGGGAAGGGAGGAUCCUGUCUGCAUCAGAGGAUGUUUCUUUUAGUGAUGAGUUUGCUUCGCAACUUUGCGCAUUACCAGAAAUGUAUCCUGGUCAUGAAACGACUUAUAACCUAUUUUUGGAUGAUUGGGGCACGCAUGUCGUCACGCAGGCAACAUUUGGAACGGCUACACAGACUUUCCUACAAUAUCAGCAGUCAUCUAUUGUGUACAUGCAGGCGAGAGAGAUAGGCGCAAGUGCUUCAAUUGGAGGAGCCUACAAAGGCUUCAGUGGUUCUCUAUCAAUCACAGGAUCGUAUGACGUCAAUUUCAGAGAGGUUGAGGCAGCAUUUGAUGGAGAAAAAUACUCAACUACACGAGGAUCUUUGGAACAGAAUGAACCGAUCAAAUAUCAUUUGGUUGGAAUGGAUCAAUUACUGAACAAAGGGCACGUCAUACCAAACCAAGUAACGUGUCCCCCCAUUAACACUUUGGAGGAAAGUCUACAACUGGCGAUGAAAGGGUAUCCCGAGUACAAAGGAAUAAGUAUCAGUUCAGAUCCUGAGGAGUAUCGGCAACCCCUAACAUGGCCUGAUGGAGAGUACACCCUGCCUAUGACUGUGACAGGAUGCCCGGAGGGCGGUGUCUCCUGGGCUGAGGGAAGACGGCUUUUUGAUACAGAUGACAAUAAUCCAGAAAACUCUUGGGAUCCAGAAGACAUACAUCUCAAUUUACCAAUCAAGGAAUUGAGCCAGAUGGAGAUGAAGUUCUGCACAAAGAAAACGGCACAGUCGGCCGAUUUUCGACGAGUCUGGCAGAGCGGAAGCUACUGUAUCUACAAAUACGGCCAAAUCUGUCCAAAAGGAUUUGAGGAAGGGUCCAUCUAUUGGGAUGACAAUGAUAUUGAUAACGGCAAUGACUUCGACGGAACACUUCCAGAAGGAGUAUACGACCGUAACACCAAGAUUUACUUCUGCUGCCGUACGGAUGACGAGCCAACGAAACCAAUCAUCCUCCCAGUCGACCACAACUUCGUGCUUUUGACUCCAACGGGAACUUGUCAAGAGGUCCUCGAGAUGAAUGUAGCCAAGGAAAUGUUUCACUGGGAUACUGAAGGCGAUAGCGAGGUCAGUGGCGAGCAUCCUUACCCAGGCCUCAAAAACGCUGGAAGUCUGAAAGAUGUAAAGAUCAUCUUCUGCUACUACCAACAUGAUGAACCUACUACCAAUCCGGACAGAAAACGCAGAAGUGGAAAUGAGAACGACGAUGAGCAGUGUCAGUACUUUCAGGAAAUAGCCCAACAGCAAGACACAAAUCCUCCGGAUCCAACUUCUUCAAACAGUGAAUCUUACCGUCACGGUGUCAAUCUCUUGUUUUGUGCAUCUUUGACAUUUUUUGCUUGGGCAGUGAACUAUGUCAUGUGAUAAGUGGUUUGUAGGCAAGGCAUAAGAAAUGUUAGUUUGUUGUUGUUUUUUUCAUUUUAUUUUUCUUUUUAUUUAUUUUUUUAAAAUAUGUUUUAUUUGUUUUGGGGGGAGGGGGUUACUUAGGGAUUCCAAUUUCUGCUUCUGAGCAGGAUUUGUCUUACGGUAUGCAUAUAGCUCCGUUUAGUCUCAUUUCACAACGCCCCCUAUCGUCAGAGUCAGCAGCCAUACAUGUUAGCCUAUGGAAUUGUACAAAAAAAAAUUGCUAAAAAUUCAUUUUUUGUUUAAACAAAAAGUACAUCCACCCCGACUUACGUUAUUACUACCUCUUUUAUUGGAACCCUCAUGUCCCAUUGACUUUUGAAAGUUCACCCACCGUAAUUUGAUCAAAAUAGGUUGCAAGCUCGUCAUUGCCUAUAG